UCCUGCGAACUUUCUAUUUCGUACUUGUGCUCUGCAAUUCCUCGGCGAUUUCUCGCACUCUCUCAGGAAGGAACACGCGAGGUGGAAUGCCAGCGCCGCCGAUUUGACCAGCCCUCCGCCGCCUCCGCCAUCAACCCGCCGGAGUCCACCUUCCUCCGAUUCGCGAUUCCCGCUCCGAGACCAGUGAAUUUAAAGGAUUGUCAGAGUCGGGUUUGUGUUGAAGAUAUUUUAUGGUGCACAGAUGAGAAGGACUGAUGUUAUUAGCAGUGGAAGGAGGAGGCUUCUUCUCUUCUUCGGCCUUGGGGUAUAGCAAGGGCUUGAGCCUCCUACUCUUGGGUCAGAGGAAUGAAGAUGAACCCAUGAGAGUAUCCCCGUGGAGUCAGUACCAGUUGGUGGACCUAGAAUCUGAAACUGACCUCCAGCUGGCUUCUGCAAAGAACCGUCUUUCCCGCGGUUGCGCUUCCUUUAUCUGCUUUGGUCGCGUCUCCGCGGGAGCAGACACACCUUCCCCGCUUAAAGUAGGCCCGGCACAGCAUCAGGAGACUUUGCCUAAUCCUCUUGAUUUAGAUAAAGGCAACAACCAUGCAAUUGCAACAGAUGUUGAAGAUGAAUUAAAUUCGACAAAGGUCGCUCUUAAGAGCAGCUUGAAGAAACCUCCUAAGAGUAAUCCAGUCCCCAUUGAGCAUACGAACGAACUCCAAACAGUGCGUGAUGGUGUCAGCGGUGCUGAUGAACUUAAUGAGGAAAGGAGAAGAGUUCAAUGGACAGAUGCCUGUGGCAAUGAGCUCGAGGAGAUUAGGGAGUUCGAACCCAGCGAAACGGGUGAAUCAGAUGAGGAGUUGGAGAACGGUAAUGAAAGGAGUUGUUCAUGCACCAUCAUGUAGUUGGCUUUGUACCUACCAAAAUAGGAAGAGGAAGAAGCACCCAGACCUGAGCUCUUUCGAGAUGCAGCUUCCAAUCGUUGUAGCAAAUCAGUAGAAGCGAUCAUCAAUCACCCUUCAGCUGAUUACUAGAGAAACCAGGAGCAAGCUAGAAAGGAUACUUGGAGGAGAACCGUUAGCAAAGGAAUCUCAUUGUAUCUAUGCACCAAUUUUUGCGGAUUGAUCCAAUCAUUUGUCCAUAAAAGACCGAUGCGGGUUUUUCAUUUUGUCUUAUCACCGGGUGUCUAUUUUGUUUGUUGAGAGCGGGUGUCCAUUUUAUUAUGUUCAUGGUUAAUUCUUGCUUUAAUGUGCAACUUCAUUGUC